ACAUACAACUCUUCUCAGCCUGACAACCUCUUCAAGGAGGGCACCCCCAAGUAUAAGACUGUGGAGAUGGUCUUCAUAGCCACAGUAACUGGGUCACUCAGCCUUGUCACUGUGGUAGGGAAUAUCUUGGUCAUGCUGUCUAUCAAGGUGAACCGCCAACUCCAGACUGUCAACAACUACUUCCUCUUUAGUUUGGCCUGUGCUGACCUGAUAAUCGGAGUCUUCUCCAUGAACCUCUACACAGUCUAUAUUAUUAAGGGCUAUUGGCCACUAGGGGCUGUGGUAUGUGACCUCUGGCUGGCUCUGGACUAUGUGGUGAGUAACGCCUCUGUCAUGAACUUACUCAUCAUCAGUUUUGACCGCUACUUCUGUGUCACCAAGCCACUGACCUACCCAGCUAGGCGGACAACCAAGAUGGCAGGGUUAAUGAUUGCAGUUGCUUGGAUAUUAUCCUUUAUCCUCUGGGCGCCUGCCAUCUUGUUUUGGCAGUUCAUUGUUGGGAAGAGGACAGUUAAGGAACAGCAGUGCUACAUUCAGUUUCUCUCCAACCCAGCUGUAACCUUUGGCACAGCUAUUGCAGCUUUCUACCUCCCCGUGAUCAUCAUGACUGUGCUGUACAUCCACAUCUCACUGGCCAGCCGGAGCCGCAUCAGAAGGCGCAAGCCUGAGAGCAAGAAGGAGAAGAGAUCAAAGCCACUCAGCUUUUUGAAGAACCCUCUGGUCAAACAGAAUAACAACAACUCACCGAAGAAAGCAGUGGAGGUAAAGGAGGAGGUGAAAAAUGGGAAAGUAGAACAGCCACCCUUACAACAGUCAGAGACUACUGGCCAUCAAGAGGAGAAAGAGACGUCCAAUGAAUCAAGCACAGUAAGCAUCACCCAGACCAAUAAAGAGAAGCAAGUCCUGGAAAUCGUGCCAGUUGACCAAGGGCUGAGCCCGGUCCAUCCCCGGAUUAAUCCUGCCUCUAAGUGGUCCAAAAUUAAGAUUGUCACAAAGCAAACCGGUACCGAAUGUGUCACUGCCAUUGAGAUUGUUCCAGACAAAGAAGCCAGUUCCACCCCAAUUACCUUGUCAAACAGCCGCCCAGCAAAUGUUGCCAGGAAAUUUGCUAGCAUUGCCAGGAGUCAAGUCAGGAAAAAGCGCCAAAUGGCGGCCCGUGAGAAAAAGGUUACCAGAACCAUCUUUGCCAUCUUGCUAGCCUUCAUCCUGACAUGGACACCUUAUAAUGUGAUGGUCCUCAUUAAUACCUUCUGCAGCUCUUGCGUCCCUGACACAGUCUGGUCCAUUGGGUACUGGUUGUGCUAUGUCAACAGUACCAUCAACCCAGCUUGUUAUGCUCUUUGCAAUGCCACAUUCAAGAAAACUUUUAAGCAUCUUCUUAUGUGUCAGUACAGGAACAUUGGCACAGCGAGAUAA